AUGCCGUUUCUGACGUUUUACACCACAAUCGACAAACAAAAUGUCACUGUUAAACCAAUACCUUGCCCUGGGUUCGAUAUUAUUUUCGAUUUGCAUUUUACACCGGUCUAUGUAUUUGUAUUUUGCGCACAAUGGUUUUCCGGUAUCGUAUUGUUCAAUGUCACCACGGCAGUGUGUUGCUUGGCCGCCAUGUUCGUAGCUCACGCUUGCGGUCAAAUCGAGAUCGUGAUGACUCGCGUAGAAAAUUUUGUGAAAAAUGCACAAAGCAGUUACACAAAGCAACAUAUGGCAAUUAUCGUGAAACACCACAUGCAGUCAUUGAGAUUUUCAGUCAGUAUUGAUAAUAUUUUACGCGAGAUAUGUCUAGUUGAAUUAGUGGGAACAACGUUAACUAUAUGCCUGUUGGAAUAUUACUGCAUCAUGUGCAGCAAAGUUGGAUUUGCUUCAUAUAAAAUCGAGUGGUACCAUUUACCAGGAAAAAUUGCACUCGAUCUUAUUUUAGUGAUCAACAUAUCACAUCAUCCGAUAAAAAUUACUGCAGGAAAAAUAAUGAAUCUUUCGUUCUCAAGUUUUGGUUCUGUACUGAAAACUUCGAUUGCAUAUCUAAACUUGCUCCGAACAUUUGUUUGA